GAAAAAAAAUCUUAAUUUGGUUGUCAUUUGCCUUUUCUGUUUGUUCCUCGGUUCGUUUUAAAUAGUCAUUGAAAUGGCUCCGUAUUCCAAUUAUCCGGUUAACAGUUAAUUUUGUCUGAUUUUUGAACUCAUCUACUGUUUUUCAGUGAUUCAGUGGUCAACUUUAUCUGUGGUUCAAAAUUGUUUCAAUAGCUAUGUUAUCACUCUCAUCUCAAUUUCAAGAUGUUACAGUUGUUUCAGAUUGGCGCUUGGUUUUUAUUGGUAUUUUUUCUCUCUCUGACCACCUUCGGUUUCACCUUUAUUCUUCUCGUCCUAAGCUCAUUAAUAGCUUCUAUAGCAGGACUUUAUUUAGCCUUGCAUGUUUACAUGCAAGAAUGUCGCGCGAAUGGUUCGGAAAAUUAUGCAAAGCUAAGCCAGCUAAAUAUAUUUCCUACAAGGAAGUUCCUCAAAUUAUCGAGUCAAGGAAACCAGCGUUAUCCUGAUUAUAAUCCGUUAAAACCACCUUUAGUUCGAUGGGACUCUCUGAGUGGUGAUCCAGUGAUUGAUGAGCAAUUAAGAGAAAUUAUAGAGUUACUGUUUAGAGACAUAGUAGUGCCAUGGUUUUCAUCUAUCUCUGAUAGAGAUGAUGUUAUUGAUGACUUGAAAAAUAUUGUUUUUACUGUUGUACGAAACAUAAAUUCCAGAGUCAACCAGAUUGACAAAGUCCAUUAUUUAACAACCCAACUAGUCGAUGAUUUUGCUUCACACCUUCGCCUCUAUCGUUCAGCUGAACAACGACUGAGGAUACAAAAACUUCAAGAUGCCAAUGCAAAUCUUCUAUCUAUUUUCUUUGACCUAGAAUUUCAAAUGGAAAAAAAUAAACUUUGUAGAGAUGUUGUCAGUGAACAUAAUGAAACUUUCCUAAACUAUUUAACCAGAAUCUGUGAUACCAUUAUGUACUUGCUUCUUCCUCUAGACACUUUUGACAGUCGUUUAAUUCGUUAUUCUCUCCAGCAUUUAAUUGUACAUUCAAUUUUAUAUCCUUUCUUUGAAAUGAUCUCGGAUCCUGAUUUCAUCAACCAAACUUUAGUGUCUUUAUGUAAAAAUAAGGCAAACCAGCCUUCCACUCCUGAUAAUUUUCUUACCAUCAUACGAAAUUGUGAUGAUACUGAUGAGUUGAAUGCUGUUCUUGAGAUAGUUAACAAAGAAAUAGCUAUUCAAAGGUCACGCGACACUGGAGGUGAUGAUGAUUUUGAAAUUAAACAACAGCUGAGCAGUUUACUUUUGGUUCAAUCUGUUAUAAAACAGCGCUUCAAGUGCCUUAAUGAAGGAAGUUACGAUGAAGUUGAUACAAAUGGAUUAACUAUGAACUUGGAUCUACAGAAAUUCACAGGACCUGGCUCUAAACUAUUCCAAAUUCCAUUUGACGUUGUUCUUAAAAACAAUAUCGCUAUUUCAUAUUUCAUUGAAUACAUGGCAAGCAUUGGUCAGCAAGGAUAUGUUUACUUCUACCUAAAUGUUGAAGGUUUCAGAAUUUCUGCUGAACAGCAGUUAGCUGAAGCUGCUAUUACUGGACAAGCUUGUGCUGAUAGCCAAAGCUUGCAGGAGGCUGCAAUUAAUAUCUAUGACACUUAUUUGAAUCCAGAAAGUCGAAGUAAUCAUAAAAUCAAGAUCGAUGAAGACAUUGCUUGUCGUAUCUAUCACAGAAUUAAAAACGAACCUUUGUCAGAAACUUGGUUCGAUGAAGCACAGGAGCAAGUUUUACAAGCUAUGAAAGACAAUCCAAAUCUUUUUCCCAAAUUUAAAGUAUCGAUCCACUAUAUAAAGCUUUUAAGUGAACUUGAUUUAUUAAAAGAGGCAGCUGUUAACCACAACAACAACAAUAAUAAUCACGGCCACAUUAACUCACUAAGUCAUCGUCAAAAUUCCGACGAGGAUUCUCUUUCGAUAGACUCCAGGUCCAGCAUUGAAAAUGAUUGUGUUAGUGAUUCUUACAUUGACAAUCCAUUUUGUGCUACAACAAAGACAAAUGAAGAUUUUGGUCUCAAAGCUGAAAUAAGUAAUACGGGAAUCGUUCGUGAGUUUGGUAACUCCUAUGGCGUUUACUGUAUUUCUGUCAGUCGUCGAGAAUCUACCAAUGAGGAAGAGAAAUGGUGUAUUCUUCGACGAUAUUCUGAUUUCGAUUCUCUUCACCAAGUCCUUUGCCAAAAGUUUGAGACCGAAAUAAGAAACAAACUGUUUUUACCCGGAAAAAGACCAUUUAACAAUGUAAAUGUUGAAUUCUUGGAACAACGAAGAAAUUUACUUAAUAAUUAUUUGCAACAAAUUAUCCGACUAUAUGAUCAGGGUAAUGUUGCCGGACUCAAAGAUGCUGUGAAUAAAUUCUUGGAGCCAGGAAACUAUGAUAAAGGAAAAACUAGUCAAAUAUUUUCCAAAGCUGUCAAUAAUCUAGUGGUCAAUCCUUUUAAAUCAUCUGUAAAAUCUGUCGGAUCCGUAGUCAAAGUAGGCUCUGACAACAUUAGAGAUGGUUUCCAAAAACUUGCUCGAUUAGGCUCCAUCUCAUCUAACAGUAGUGGAGUUUCAUCUGCUAGUUCAACAAAUUAUAAUCGCUCAAACGGUCGUCAACGACCGUCUUUAAGUCCUUCAGCUUCAGUGCAAUCAAAUCUUUCAUAUCCUGAAAUAAAUAGUGACAAAGUCGGAGCAGCACUCGAAUCUGAGACUGAAAUUGACAACAUACCUUUAAGAGUCAUGCUUCUAUUAAUGGACGAAGUUUUUGAUCUGAAAAGCAAAAAUCUUUGGCUUAGACGUCGUAUUGUUGCUGUUAUUCGUCAAAUAAUUAAAUCAACAUUUGGAGACACCAUAAAUCGUAAAAUAUUGGAUUUUGUCGAAGACCUUACAUCUGCCUCUGCCAUCAGUGAUUACCUAAAAUACUCAAAAAGCUAUUUUUGGCCCAACAAUGGACGCCUUUUAUUAACUCAGGGUGAAAGAAAUCAUAACACUAAAAAGAGGACAAAAGUGGCAGCCAAGUUGCUACUAUUAUCAACAUUUUCCGAUGAAUUAAAGCAUAUCAUAGGAACUGAAACUGCUAGAAAGGGUUUACUCUGCGUUUUUCAAAUGUUUCAAAAUGAAACUCUAAAUCGUCGUUUAAUGUUAGUCUUGUUUGAAGGACUAUUACAGCAAUUAUUUCCAAAUAAUUUUUUCCCUCUUAUCUUGUCAAAAAUACAUUCUACAUCCCCACGAAUGCAAGAAUGGCUUAAAACAAACGAAUCAGAUAUCAGCUGGCCUCCUAAUUUGAAUCAUUUCCAUGGUCGCACGGCCUCUUCAUCUGCACAUUCAUCAAAUAAAUCAUCGCCCCUUCAUGGAAGAAGACGAUAGAGCAUUUAUACAAUCUAGUUAUAAAUUUAAAUUAUAAUUUGAAAACAAUUCAUUCGGCUACUGCUUUUUCAAAACACAAAAAAAAGAUGUGUUCAACUCUUUCAUUUUUAUUUUGAAUAAUCUCACAAUUCAGUUAUGUUCCUUAACGGUUACCUUCUAAUUUUAAUUGAAACCAAAAACAUGUUGAUUUUACCAAGCCUUAUAUUUGUUUUUUUGCAAUUUUAAAUUCCAUACAUAUUUUUAUUGACAACAUUUCAUGAAUUUCCAGAUGAAUGUUUUUCAUAAUAAUCUGGUAAAAGUUGAAAUAAUAUUUGUUCAAGAAUGCUGUUAACUUCAGGGCCACAAUUUUUCUUUAAUAAUCCUGCCCUACAAAUUGGACAUGUUGUUACUGAAGAUUCAAUUGUAUGGAUAAAACAAUCCUGUACGUACAAAAAAAUUAAAUGAUGCAUUAGUAUUGUAA